GGUUGUCGACCGGAUGUGACGUCCACUGGCGUUGUUGUGUAUUGGCUUGUGGGCGGGGCUUCGUGUGUGCCUGGCGGAGACGGGAUGUAAACAGCUAGCAUGCUCGUCUUACCCUCCAGCACAACGACGGACACACUCGGUGCCGGACAGACAGGAAGUCUGUUGACACUCUGCUGACAGCAGAAGAAGAUCCUCCUAACUGACUGCAAGGACUUAAUCCAGCUUGCGACUUCCUGUCAGCAGGAGAGAAGAAGAGGGAGAAGCAGGAGAUCUGCCUUCAAGUCUAUUCCGAUAUAUUUCAUUUAACGCGCCAUGUUCAAGGUCUAACAGUGUUCCAGUCAGUAAGGAGUUACUUCCCGCUCCCAUUCUCCAGCGGGUCAGCUGACCAUGGCGGAGUCCAGCACGGUGGCGCCCACAACGACAGGAGCUCUGGUGAUAGAGGACGUCAAAGGACUGAUGGUAACCACGGCAACGGAGGCCACAAACGGCAACGGCGCCGCCAGCGCUCCUCUUCCCGCCAAAGUCCUGGAGGAGGAGGAGGAGGCCACGCUGCCCAAUUUGUCCUCGCUGUCUUCUAAACCUGGGACAAUAACCGCCGUCACCACAGAAGAAGAAUCUCUGUCAGAUCUACACAGACACGUCAAAGCUGAAGGAGGACAAGACCCAGAAAGAGAGACAGGUCUGGACCUCAUGUCUCCCGUGUUGUCCUCAGGUCUGGACUGGGAGGAGAGCUCCUCCGUGGUGGGCGGCUCAGAUGACCAGAGGGAAUCGACCCACUCAACGUCCUCCUUAAUCCCCGGUCUGGAGCCGUCAGACGGGUUCCCGGUCACAAGAGGCUCCCUGGACGUGGAGGAUGGCUUGACUUCGUCCUGCUCUGCGGUUGGGGGGGGCGGCUCUCCAUCUGCUGAGGUCCCCCGUCUGAAGGAGGAGGAGAUGCUGGUGUCUGCUGAAGUGGGUCCUGUGGCUCCUCCCCCCGGCACUGGCCCCGCCUCCUCCACAGCUGCAGAGGCGGGGCCGUCCUCCGCCGCCUACUACCUGGUGAAGUGGAUCACGUGGAAGGGGAAGAAGACUCCCAUCAUCACUCAGAGUGAGAACGGACCCUGCCCCCUGCUGGCCAUCAUGAACACGCUGUUCCUCCGCUGGAAGGCUAAACUCCCGGCUCAGACUGAAGUGGUCACCACUGAAGACCUGAUGGCUCACCUGGGGGAGUGUGUUUUGUCUGUUACACCCAGACACAAGGCUGACGGGAUGGAUCUGAACUUCCAACAGAACAUGAGUGAUGCGAUGGCCGUGCUCCCGAAGCUCUCCACCGGUCUGGACGUUAACGUUCGUUUCACCGGAGUGACGGACUUCGAGUACACACCUGAGUGCAUCGUGUUCGACCUGCUGGACAUCCCGCUGUACCACGGCUGGCUGGUGGACCCACAGAGUCCAGAGAUGGAGGCUUCUGUCGGGAAGCUGAGCUACAACCAGCUGGUGGAGAAGAUCAUCGACUACAAACACUCAUCAGACAGCAGUCGAGUUAGUGAAGGGCUCCUUGCAGAGCAGUUCCUGGAGUCAACAGCAACACAGCUGUCGUAUCACGGUUUGUGUGAACUCAACACGACGGCUACAGAAGGAGAAAUAUCUGUGUUUUUCAGAAACAACCACUUCAGUACCAUGAUCAAACACAAGGGGCACCUGUACCUGUUGGUGUCCGAUCAGGGCUUCCUCCAGGAGGAGGGGCUGGUCUGGGAGUCUCUUCAUAACGUCGAGGGAGACGGAAACUUCUGCGACUCUGACUUCAGGCUGUGUCAUCCUCCUCAGAGAGCUCCGCCCACCACAACCCUGCCGCCCGGCGCCCAGGACGCGCAGAGACAGAUUGACCAGGUGUUCUUUGUUGGUUUUAGGACUACCUGGUGGCGGUGUCCCUGCAGCAGCAGCAGGGCGGGGCCCCGGGGCCCCUCAGUGACCUGGAGCUGGCCCAACAGCUCCAACAGGAGGAAUACCAGCAGCAGCAGCAGCAGCAGCAGCAGCAGCAGCAGCAGCAGCAGGGAUCACCGGCGGCAGCACAGGCGGUCAGAGGUCACGGGUCACAGCAGGGCGGAGCGCGGAGAAGAGAGAAGGACUCGGACUGUGUGGUCUUAUAAACUUUCUCUUGGUGACGCGUCUGCACACACACACUCACAGCUCGAUGCCAAACCCCAGUGCUUUUGUUACGUCCAGUUUCAGAUGUGAUUCCUGGUUCUGGAAAUGUUUGUAAAAAUGUAAGUUAGAGGUGUUGUCUAAUAAAGGCUUUAACAAGUUGUGACUAACCGUUUUAUUAAUGGUUAAUAAAUGAUCUACUGAUGCAUAACUAAUCAGUUAUGAAGCAUCAAUAAGAACGUUGUGGGGAAGUUUUGAAAGAUUAAUAAAUAUUUACCGUCUGUCUUUUGUUCCGAGCUUCCUGAUAAACUAAACCAACUUCACUGAGGUGAGGUAAUGUUUUAGUUUUUAUAAUUUGAUAUUAAUCUAAUUUUGCAGUUUUAAAGGUUGAUGAAGUCGACAAAAAGCCAUAAAUGUUAAUAAAUCAUUGCUGAAUAAA